GGCCUUGCCAAGCCGGCCGGCCGGCCUGGCUCCCCUCCCCGGCCCCGACGGGCGGGCGGGCUGCCCUGAGGAGGCGGGGAGGGGAGGGCUGGGCCGGCCGGCGGGUGGGCUACGAUGCCGAACUUCUGCGCUGCCCCCAACUGCACGAGGAAGAGCACGCAGUCGGACCUGGCCUUCUUCAGGUUCCCGCGGGAUCCGGCCAGAUGCCAGAAGUGGGUGGAGAAUUGUAGGAGAGCAGACUUAGAAGAUAAAACGCCUGAUCAACUAAAUAAACAUUAUCGAUUAUGUGCCAAACACUUUGAGACCUCUAUGAUCUGUAGAACUAUACAUUUUAGUCCUUAUAGGACAGUUCUUCGAGAUAAUGCAAUACCAACAAUAUUUGAUCUUACCAGUCAUUUGAACAAUCCACAUAGUAGACACAGAAAACGAAUAAAAGAAUUGAGUGAAGAUGAAAUCAGGACACUGAAACAGAAAAAAAUUGAUGAAACUUCUGAACAGGUACCAAAACAUAAAGAAAUAAACAACAGCAACGCUCAGAAUCCUAGUGCAGAAGAAGGGGGUGAGGAACAGGAUGAAGAUAUUUUACCUUUAACCCUUGAAGAGAAAGAAAACAAAGAAUACUUAAAAUCUCUGUUUGAAAUUUUGAUUCUUAUGGGAAAACAAAACAUACCUCUGGAUGGGCAUGAAACUGAUGAAAUUCCAGAGGGUCUCUUUACUCCUGAUAACUUUCAAGCACUGCUGGAGUGCCGGAUAAAUUCUGGUGAAGAGGUUCUGAGAAAGCGCUUUGAGACAACAGCAGUUAACACAUUGUUCUGCUCAAAAACACAGCAGAAACAGAUGCUAGAGAUCUGUGAGAGCUGCAUUCGGGAAGAAACUCUCAGGGAAGUGAGAGACUCACACUUCUUUUCCAUCAUCACUGAUGACGUAGUGGACAUAGCAGGAGAAGAACACUUGCCUGUGUUGGUGAGGUUUGUUGAUGAAUCUCAUAACCUGAGAGAGGAAUUUGUGGGCUUCUUGCCUUAUGAAGCUGAUGCAGAAAUUUUGGCUGUGAAAUUUCACACUACGAUAACUGAGAAGUGGGGGUUAAACAUGGAGUAUUGUCGUGGACAGGCUUACAUUGUGUCCAGUGGAUUUUCUUCCAAAAUGAAAGUUGUUGCUUCUAGACUUUUAGAGAAAUAUCCCCAGGCUGUCUACACACUUUGCUCUUCCUGUGCCUUAAAUAUGUGGCUGGCAAAAUCAGUGCCUGUUGUGGGAGUGUCUGUUGCGUUAGGAACAAUUGAGGAAGUUUGUUCUUUCUUCCAUCGAUCUCCACAACUGCUUUUGGAGCUUGACAAUGUAAUUUCUGUCCUCUUUCAGAACAAUGAGGAAAAGGGUAAAGAACUGAAGGAGAUCUGCCAUUCUCAGUGGACAGGCAGGCAUGAUGCUUUUGAAAUUUUAGUGGACCUCCUACAAGCACUUGUUUUAUGUUUAGAUGGUAUAAAUAGUGAUACAAAUAUUAGGUGGAAUAACUAUAUAGCUGGUCGAGCUUUUGUACUCUGCAGUGCAGUAACAGAUUUUGAUUUCAUCGUUACCAUUGUUGUUCUUAAAAAUGUUCUAUCUUUUACAAGAGCCUUUGGGAAAAAUCUCCAAGGGCAGACCUCUGAUGUCUUCUUUGCAGCCAGUAGCUUGACUGCAGUGCUGCAUUCACUAAAUGAAGUGAUGGAAAAUAUUGAAGUUUAUCAUGAAUUUUGGUUUGAAGAAGCCACAAAUUUGGCAACUAAACUUGAUAUUCAGAUGAAACUCCCCGGGAAAUUCCGCAGAGCCCAGCAAGGUAACCUGGAAUCUCAGCUCACCUCUGAGAGUUACUAUAAGGAAACUCUAAGUGUUCCAACAGUGGAACACAUUAUUCAGGAACUGAAAGAUAUAUUCUCAGAACAGCACCUCAAAGCUCUUAAAUGCUUAUCUCUUGUACCCUCUGUCAUGGGACAGCUCAAAUUUAACACAUCAGAGGAACACCAUGCUGACAUGUACAGAAGUGACUUGCCCAAUCCUGACACACUCUCAGCUGAGCUGCAUUGCUGGAGAAUCAAAUGGAAACACAGGGGGAAAGAUAUAGAGCUUCCAUCUACCAUUUAUGAAGCCCUCCAUCUACCAGACAUCAAGUUUUUUCCCAAUGUUUAUGCAUUGCUGAAAGUCCUGUGUAUUCUUCCUGUGAUGAAGGUUGAGAAUGAACGCUAUGAAAAUGGACGAAAGCGUCUCAAAGCAUACCUGAGGAACACUUUGACAGACCAACGGUCAAGUAACUUGGCUUUGCUUAACAUAAAUUUUGACAUAAAACAUGAUCUCGAUUUAAUGGUGGACACAUAUAUCAAACUCUAUACAACUAGGUCAGAGCUUCCUACAGAUAACUCAGAAACCAUUGAAAAUACCUAAGAAACGUUUAAAGUAGGCUUUCUCUUAUGUUUGAUAUUUGGAAAAAUCUGUAAGAAAUUUGAAAACAUCUUACAGAAAAGCUGUCAGGUGUAUGUAGGCCACUUAAUCACUGAAUAUCUUGACAUAUUGACCUCUCAUUGAGUAUAUUAGCCGUUGAUAAUCUGCCUAUUUAAAUGGCCCCUGUUUAAACUCAUGCUUUGGAGAUAUACCUGUUCUUCCAGAAGAUAGCAUUGAAAGUGCCACAUUACACUUCUGUGGGAUUUCUGCUAGUGGCACUUGGGAAUUGUUUUAGUUAAGUUAUUUUAGACAUAACAUUUAUUAUCACUGGAUCCAAUUGUUGGGUAUUGAGUUAUCACUUCUUAGAAGAUAAAUAUUUUGAAGAGGUAUGGGGGGAAGGGAUACAUU